ACGAAAAAUGUUUUCCGGCUGUCUUCGGGACUUGACAUGGCGACCAAUUUCGAUUUUUAAGCUCGUCAAACUGUUUAAAGAAUGGAGGUUAGCCGCUAGCCUUUAGAAACAAACUUUCAGUGACUUAUUCGCUUGAUCGAGCGCUUCGCAAGGCGAAUUUACCACGACGAAUUCACACUUAAACGUCAGGAGUUCCUCGGCCAUAGGCAGACGAAAACGAGCGGCUUGUGGAGAAAUGGCCAUAAAAUGUAUACACGCAGACCACUCAUCCGCCGACCAACAGCAGAAACAUAAGAAGAGUCAACCUGAAGAAGCUCAAGAGUCUAAUCUUAAGGCCAGUGAAGGUUAGUUUUUGAUACCAGCGCGAAAGUUGAUUAGCGAAAAAUCUUGAUUGCUAUAAUAAUUAUUGUAGCAUUGAAACUGACAGAAAUUUUCUUUUGUUUAUAAAACGUUCCUUCAAUUUUGUUGUUGUUUAUUUGUUUCAUUGAGUGAAAUCAUCCAAUGAAGGAAAUAUGCAAAAAGUGUUAAAUCUUGUAUCUAGUGAUUGCAUUCAAAUGAUUUUUUGGUAGAACGUUUUGUAACUGUUCAGUGGCGUAUUUUGUUGAUUCACCGUCGAUGAACAUUUGAUCAGACUUGGUGAACGUAACCGAUAUAAUCACGUGUUAGUAUUCUGCCGUACCAUUGAUUAAACCAUUUCACGGUGUCUUUUAAGUUUUGACGAGGACCAGUCAGCGAAUAUACAUCAGCACUACUAGAAACAGCACCUUAAAACGAGUAAACUUGCCUGGUUUGUCUGAGUUGAGUAAAGAUACGGUUUCGUAAGUCACGAAAUUUUAAAGGCCUUUAUAUGGUGAGGGCAAAUUCAUGGCCCCCACCAUAUAAACUUCCGUAAAAUUUUCUGACUUUGCGAAACUAUAUCGUCAUAUAUAAGUUUAAUGGCAAAAUCACUCAAAUAUGGCAACUUUCUAAAUUCAUUCUAGUGGUGUCAAGAGAGUUAUGCUAACUGGUCCACAUAAAGAACUGAAAAACCUGUCAGGAGAGGGUCUCUUAAGAGCAGAGAAUUUUAUCCAUUCAGUAGUUUUAUUUAUUUUACUUAUUUAUGAGUUUUACUCAUACAGUAUGUGUGCCUAUCUCUCGGACGUACUUAACGGACCGUAGGCAUUAAUGUUUUGUAAUUCUCCCUAGACAAAAACCUGAGAGUUUCCGGUAGGCUCCAUUGAGUUAUUGGUUAGUCUACUUUCACUAAGGCUUUUUGGGACCUGUUUUGCUGGGUAAGGCAGUGAAAUUUGAAGAUCUUUUGAAGGAAGGUAAAAUGUGUUUCUGCCAAAGUUCGCAUUUCACUGCGCCUUGAAUUAUAUCGUUUCAUUGUGCACUCUUUUCUCGCUAAAUACUCAACAGAAAUAACUACCUUUUUGAGUAAGGCGGAAAAAAAAUGAACAAGGUUGCUUUCAAGCAAAAAUUACAAGUUAAAUGUUUCACAUUUUUGAGCAAGAACACAGGAAAAACUUGGUGUAUAUUUUUGUGAGGUAUGCCUAUUCUCAGACAGCGCGAAAACCAAACACAUUUAUGGCGUUCCAUUUCCGCCAAAAUUCAAUGUUACAUUUUACAUUGUACGUUGCAUAAUCUAUCCUACAUUUUGUGUUUUUCAUUUGAGUUUGCACUCGCGAUUCAACUUUUUUGCAUCCAACAGUCAACUUUGAUUUAUGCAACAUUCAAGUUUUCGCUUUCGACAUUCAACUUUUCAUAAGUAGUAGUCAAGUUUGCGAAUUCGACCUUCAAGAUCAGUGGGAUGUAGAUUCACUUUUUCGCAUCCAACAUUUAGCAUUUGUCCUUUAAGUUUUCGCUUCCCACAUCCGACUUUGGGCAUUGUACUUGCAAGUUUUCGUAUUCGACAUUCAACUUUUCGAAUUGAACUUUUACCCGCUGGUCUGCGACCGAUGGAGAUCGUGGGCUCAAUUGACCUAACCCACCCCCGCUCAAAUGGUGGUCGAGAGUCGGUCGAGAGACUUUCCAGUGGAGUGGACUCGGGAGACCUUCUCCACCGUGUGAUAAAAGCCGCCGAUCGCCAAGAUACUGUUGCACCUGCUAAUUAAAGUGAGGUGAGAGCCACUCUUUUGAGGGUAGCGGACUGUCUGUCUCCUUUGGAGGAAACACCAUCUUCAGGUAAGUGUCGGGCAACCCUUGUCAAGUAUGAAGAAGUUAUGUGUUCAAUAAAGUUCGUGUUCGCGCCGACACAAGCAUAUAUGUACGGAUAAUGGCUCAGUCAAUUCCAAGCGUGCCCAUCACUUCUGACUCCGACUCCAUCACUUCCCUACCUAGACUACGAGUAGUCCCUAUUUUUCCACAGGGAUAGUAGAGUGAGCGAAAUGCGAGCGCAUGAAAAUCACCCCACGCUAGAAAAGCUGUUUUCCAAUCUCGACCCAGAGCUCCUCUGCGCAUGUUGAGGAGGGAGAUUACACGCGCAUUCCCAAACCCGUAAGCAUUAGGGUCGAGAAUGGCGUGGGGUGAUUUUCACGAGCACUCGCAUUUCGCCCGCUCUACUAUCCCUGAGGAAAAAUGGGGACUUCUCGUAGUCCGUUCCCACCCCACAGUAUAUUUUGCAUCUAUUCCGCCAUCGUUUGCAUAUGGGUAAAAAACAAUCAAUGUAUCGUUUAAAGAGUUUAAAGGAAAGGCACGUCCUUUGUCCCGUGAAUGUUUGAGGCUGAAAUGCCAAGAAAAACUCUGUGAUAUAUACAAAAGUUAAUAUAAACUUUGUGUAUUGUACGAUCAAUGCGACAAUACCCUGACGAAACGGUUCCAUCAUGAUGAGAAAAUACUGAUCUUAAUAAGCUCGUGGGUUGUUUGUUUAUCAUUUACUAUAUGAAACAUCUUCGAAACUAAUAGAAGUCUUGUUAAAAUUCUAGUUCAUAGUUUUGUCUUUGAUAAUUAAAGUCCGAUCAGUCAGUAAUCGGCUCCUGGAUCAGUGUGAUAUUUUUUGCAAUAAAUAUAAUUAUAACCAGCUGCUAGGAGCGAUUUGCGUGAGGGUGCUUCACGCGAGAGUUUGAUUAGAUUAUUACAGAUUUCCCAUUAAUUUGCAUUGGUUUUUUGCAGUUUAUUUACUGGAAAAUGAAAUUUUGGUGUUGUCUCGGGGUGGGGCAUUUGCACCCUAUUUUAAGGCCCCACCGUGGGAUUUUCAUGAACGCCGGCCCCAUUGUGGGGCAUUUGCAGCUUUUCCCAAAAAAACACAAAUGCUGGGGAGAGGAUGGGCACGCUUGGAAUUGAGUGAGCCAUAAAUAGCGCCAGGUUGAUUUUGAUCACUUCACGCGUGCUGUUUUUGAGAAGGAAUGAAUUUUGAUUUGUUGCCCACUGCUGCAAUCAAAAAUCGGUCUGUACAAAACCCCACAGGCGGCUCAAGCUCUAUCCUCCCAUGCAGAUGUUAAGGGAAUAUUAAGGGGCAGUUCGUCACAUUCGUCAAGCAUUCCUCCCGAAUCCCCCUUAGGACAUCUGCGUGGGAGGCUACCUAAGCUCUCGCCAUAUAAGUGAUUUCAGAAAAGAAUAUCCAGCACUGAAAAAAAAAAUCUUUUGUGGCAUGUAAUGCUGCAGAAAGACAUGUUACACCGUUAUAUCCCAGGGAAAUAUAUAUAUUCUAUCUCUACAGGUUUGGGGAAAAAAAUUUACUUUGAGUAAAUCACCCAUACCUCCCCUCAAAAGUCAAUUGGUCGACCCCUAAUCAUUAAAAUUGCACAAUGCUUAAUUUGUAUGGGAAUUCAGCUUAAAGAUUUAAGAGAUUUUUCAUGAAAUACACCUUUCGACUAAAGAAGACAGUCGGUUGGACAGCACUCACCUCCCUCGAAGACUGUGCAGCAGCAUCCAGACGAUGGGCGAUGUUCUAUCUAUCGUUGACGUCUGGUUUGUCGGGAGUGGAGAAGGUCUCCCGAGUCCACUCCACUGGAAAGUCUCUUGACAGACUCUCGACCACCAUUUGAGCGGGGGUGGGUUAGAUCAAUUGAGCCCACGAUCUCCAUUGGUCGCAGACCAGCGGGUAAAAGUUCAAUUCGAAAAGUUGAAUGUCGAAUACGGAAACUUGCAAGUACAAUGCCCAAAGUCGGAUGUGGGAAGCGAAAACUUAAAGGACAAAUGCUAAAUGUUGGAUGCGAAAAAGUGAAUCUACAUCCCACUGAUCUUGAAGGUCGAAUUCGCAAACUUGACUACUGCUUAUGAAAAGUUGAAUGUCGAAAGCGAAAACUUGAAUGUUGCAUAAACCAAAGUUGAAUGUUGGAUGCAAAAAAGUUGAAUCGCGAGUGCAAACUCAAAUGAAAAACACAAAAUGUAGUAUAGAUUAUGCAAAGUAUAAUGAAAAAUGUAACAUUGAAUUUUGGCGGAAAUGGAACGCCAUACACAUUUACGAGUUCAACGAUGGUUUUAUAGAAGAAGAGCGAAGAAAACUAUUUUUCCCAGCUGCUCCUAGCUGAAACUUUCCUGGUUUGACAGUGAACCCUCGGGAUCAACUUACAAAUGCAAUUUCCUGUGGGCAAAAUAUUUUAGUUUGUUUUUAGAAUAGUGAACUUAAUCUGUGACGAAUGCUCUAGGAUGGACUCACUAAAACCAACCUUAAAAUGCUUUUUAAGGCAGGAAAAGGGAUUGUUUACUUUUAAUAGCACUUUGUUUUUCUUCAACGAGAUGUAUAAUAACAUGAAAAAUAGGAUUAAUCAUCUACGAACAAUUUGUCCAAGAAUAGGGACUACCUGUGUGAGAAUAGGCUGCUCAACUUUAACGAUAUUUUUCAAAAUUACGGAGAAACCUUUGGCAUUUUACCAGCUAGUCUUUAGGACAUAUUAAUGUAAGAAAGAACUAUAUACUAGGAAAGUAUCAGCUUGCUCUCGCCUUUCUAAGGUAAGUUAUUGUGAUAAAUGCAAAAAGUGUCCGAGAAUAGGCACAUAUACUGCAUCUGAGUUUCACUGUAAAAGAAGGUGAAACUGUCUUGGAGGGUUGAUAAAGGUUUAAAAGAUCACCUGUUAGUACCACUGUCGUUUCAUUAGUGUUAAACAGACAGUAGUCCUUAAACAUCUGAGUUUCUUCAACCAUUAUCAGCUCUCCAAUUUCACCUUCAGCUGGCUUGUAUCUCUCCAUAGACAUUAUCCCAUCUCUAUCUCCUUUCUUCACAGUUUAUUUGUUCUCAUGCUAAGACUACUGAUCAUCGUGUUGACCCUAAAUGUACCUUGUUUUUUAAAAUGUACAUGACACAACUUUUUUGCCAUUUUUAACUCUUGAAUGCGUGUAAAAUAUGGAUCCAAUAUUUUUCUUUUCAAAAAUCGUACAAAAACUAUUUUUUUGUCUUCAAAACACGCACAUUUGCCUUUAAAUAUGUCCACCUUAAUGAAUUGCAGGAAUGUCAAGAGUGUAGAAUUAUUAUUUUGUGUUAGCAAUUACGAAGGAUUGUUGUUGUGGACAACUCCCAAAUCACUUUCAGUUACAGUCAGAGAAAUUACUUAAUUCCACAAAGCACAAAGCAAUGACCAGAAUCUAAAGCAAAGGCUGAGCAAAUCAACGGAUGCCAAAAGUUGUCAUCAGUCUUUCUUUGAGCCUUUAUUCAUUCCCAGUUCUGGGACAUUUUUGAAGAGGUAAAAGCAGUUUUUGGAUGGCCAAGAUUCAAGAACUUUUUUUAGAGAGACAAUCAUGUUAAUUAUACUUAUCUAAGGACCAAAAUAGGAUGUGAGAUGCAAUUUUUUAGGGCUAUUAAGGCUAUUUCAUUUAGUGUGUCAAAGAAGGCUGCAAGGUGAUAUUCUUACAACAACUUUUAUUAUUUCCAUAGAUUAGCGUAAAUGAUGAUACAAGUUACUUUGUUUAACGAAUUUUUAGCCCAACAGACAGCAUGCUCCUUAUGAUAGCAAAUAACAUGACAUAGCAUAAAAUUCUGAAAAUAAGCCCCUUCAUGUAUAAGCCUCUCCAAAUAUAAGCCUCCCAAACCGGUAAUGCAAAAAAAACGUCCAUUAAAUCGUCCCUCCAAAUAUAAGCCCCCCAGGGGCUUGUACUUGGAAAAUUGCCCCCCAAAAAAUGUAAAACAAAGGAAAAAUGGUAAAUUUACUUCAAACUGUAAGGCCAGCCCUUUCAAGUUUGAAAUGCAAAUUUCCCUCCGUAGUUAAGCCCCUCCGAAUAUAAGCCCCUCCACAAAUAAGCCCCUCAAAAAGGGCCUUUGAAAAAUGUAAGCCCGGGGCUUAUUUUCGGAAUUUUACGGUAGUUAACAAACUGUCAUUUUCUUGCAGUGCAAGCCAGUCCUAAUGAGACUUGUAACCUUGUCCAUCUCAAACAUGACUGGUAUGACAAGGUGGGUGAAUGAAUGAUUUUCCAGUAAUCGGAUACUCAUGUUUUGCGCACAGGAUUUUGGGAUCGCCAGGGGGCAAACAUUGCGAGUCGCUAUAAAGAAUUGUAUGGCGUGGAGUUGUUUCUCCGUUAAAAGCAGUGUCUUUGGACAUAGAAUGCCGCACUUGGCCGUGAUUUUAUGAGAAACGGAGGUGACUAAUGUUAGUGUGUUGAAAUUUCAAGUUUCUGUGUGAUUAAUGCGAUAAAUUCUAUCGAUAAACACUCCUUGCGUGAGGUUGAGUGUGAAAUUUAUGUUUAGCAGUUUACUGAAUUUACACAGUGAUCCACAUGAAGAAGAGGUCUCGAAAUAUAUAGUGCAAAUUUAGGUAUAAAUGUAGGGGGAUUGGCUCAUUUAAGCUUUUUAGUUUUAAUUACGUGUGGUGAUAUUUACAACGAGUGUAACUACGCCGCCGCGAUCAGCUCUGUGCGGGUUAUGACGCCAACAAUCGUGGGGCGUGUCCAUAAAAAUGAAAAAUCCUCCUUUACUUUGGUAUAAACAAAGUAACAUCCACGAAAUAUUUCAUGGAAAGUACAGAAAUCGUGCGAACGAGUAAGAUUUCGAUACAAUAGCAGUGAGUGUGUAAAUAAAUACCAAGUUGAUGUGCGAAAUUCAGAGAUUCUAUAUCUUCCCUCAAAAUGAUCAGAAAAGGCAUUAGAACUCAUUGGUGCUCAGGAUCAUGACAAAACAUUUCGCUGGUGUUUUUUUUUGCUAGAAGGAAUCAAUAUACCAAUGUGGGGAAGAUGUUUUUGCUUUUAAAGUUAAUACUGUACAUAGCAAAUUCGACAAUACAUAAUAAGCUUACCUUCGAUCGUUGUCACAAACUGGCACGGCGUUGUGAUCGCCGCCGAGCCGAACGUAAUUACACUCGUUGUAAAUAUCAGCACAUGUACUUACAACUGGAAAGGCUUAAUAAAUGAGUCCACAUUCCCCGCUCAUUUAUACCUGGUAAGUUAGUACUAUAUAUUUCGAGACCAUUCAGUAAAUUUCACAGUCGACCUUUCGCAAGAAGGAGUGUUUAUCGAUAGAUUUCAUCGCAUUGAUCCCACAAAAACUUGCAAUCAACGCACCAACAUUAGUCACCCCCGCUUCUCAUAAAAUCACGGCAAAAUGCAGCAUUCUCGAUCCAAAGACACUGGUUUUAAACGGAGAAACAGCUCUGGGCUAUACAUUUCUUUGUUGCGACUUGCAAUGUUUGCCCCCUGGCGAUCCCAUAAUCCUGUGCGCAUAACUAAGUCUCCGAUUACUGGAAAAUCAUUCAUUGCUUUGUUAACAUGGCUUUUUCGUAAGGCAUUAGGGACCUUAUGAUCUGAGAACGGCAACACGUCUUGCACAUGUCAUAGACCUGUGACAUUUUGUGCCAUUUUGGUGUUGUUGGUAGCUCUUUUUGGUAUAAAUAUUACAUGGGAGGUGUACUUUUACAUAAUUAUUUUUGUCCAAGAAAAGGUCCUUGAAAAAUGAAAUUGGUCCUUGAAAAGUCCCUAAAAAUGAUAUUAAUUAUUCUUGUGCAAAUAUAUUAUGUAUACUGUGAUUUUGUUUUUAUUUAUUUCUUUUUUACUGCAAUCCUAUUACAGUGUACUUGUAGCUAUUUAGCAAUCAUUAUGCUAACCAACAGAUAAAUUAACAGAGUGAGUAUUAACGUAAGGGUUUUGUGCUUGUUGUAGGGUGAUAUUAUUGUGAUACAUUUGUAUGUGAAGGAAGUCAAUAAAAAUCUUCUGGAUGUUAUCCUCUAUGAAGAUGAGCUGCAGGUCAAAUUUGCAACAAGGUGAGAUUAUGUUGUCUUUUUAGAGGGCUUUAGCUUCAACAGAAUUGACAAAAGCGGAAGUGUUACAUGCACUAAUAAAAACAUCGUGAUCUUUCAACCUUUGUUGUAGUUAUCCCAACUUUUUUCCUACCUAACAAACCCAAGUUAAGAUGAGGUUGUUAAUUAGGCAUUGGAGAUUGGAAAAUUCCCCCUCUACUACACAGAAUUCUCCGGCAAAUGUUUUGUAGGCUAUGACUAUUUUUUUAUUUAGAUGUGGAGCCUCUUUCAAAAUAUUCUCCUGUAACGUUACACCUUUCUAGUUCUCAUGCUACUAGAAUUCUUAAUGAAAACUCUACAAGAUAAACAAAGAAAAAAUCAUUGUCACAUGUUUAAAUCCUCGUUAAAAACUUGCGUUAGAGAAUUUCCAGGUCAUAGUCAAAGUCAUGCAGAGUAAGGGUAACAAAUAGAUGAUCCAAGAUUUGUGUCCUGUCUCACUUUUUCCAGUCACAGGGAAUUUCUCAAGAUGUAUUCUGGCACAUCUGAAAACACUUUGUUUUCAUGGAACCUUAAACUCAGGUUUGUUCAAGAAGUUAUUGUAAAAAUUGUCUUGUUUUACAAAAAUAAUGUUUUUCUUUUCGUAAUAAUUUGUUCUUUCAACUUCAUUUUUGCACAGUGGUACAUGUAUUUGUAAUUAAUUUUACAUGCUGUUUUCUGUGUUGUUUUGUUGACCCUUUAAUAGGGGAAAUGUGGACAUAGUGUCUUCAAGGAGCAGACUAUCCAAAGCUUUUAUUGAACUAUCGUUAAAAAAGAAAAUUCCAGCUACCAGGUGGACUGGCUUAGAAAGACCAAAUCUUUCAGGUAACAAAUUUGUACAGUACAUUUACUGUGCUUUUCAAGAACAUGCGAAUUCUGAAGUUCAAAAUGCCAACUGACAUUUGUGUUUUCACUGCCGUCGAUCAUCAUAGCAGACCUCUUAGGGAACAGAACAGAACAAAUCAUGCUGACCAGAAACAAUAACCGCAGAAAAUCAAUAUGCAUGUAAUGACCUCUCAGUAUGAAAUAGGCGGCAAAAAUCACAUUCCGUAAGUCAAAACUUUUUCCUCCAGAGCAUAAUCUACCCGCCAGAGAAAACAUUCUUUGGAACAAGCAGCAUUUUGGCAUGAGGUAAAAGUCGUGUGCUGCCUACUGACCCCCUUUUCACAUUACGUCCAUCUCGCAGUCAUGGAGAAUGCAUUUCCAAAAUCUUGAAUUCAGCGUUUAUUUUUUGCCUUCCAAAUUCCACUCCUUUGAUAGGCAUUAAUAUAAUAAUAAUUAUUAUCUGUUUCCAGAUAUCAAAAAGCCAGCCACUGUGGCCAGUGACAGAAUUUUCAAACAACUUUACAGUGCUACGAAUAAAGACAAAAUAUCGCAUUCACAAGAAACACUCACUAAUGGAAUACACAAUAAACUUGCUAAUGUGGAAUGUGCAAAGGCCAGUAACAGCAAGGAAUCAACUAAUAAUGGUUCCCUGGGAAAUGGAUCUGGUACAAAUACAAAAGAAGAGGUGGCUAAAACAUCACCGGAAGAAAAACUUCUCUCUGAUGGCGACAGUGAUCCUUCUCCAUCACUCAAUUCUAGUGUGGCAGAUUCGUGCAACGCUUGUGGCUCUUCCACUGUUGACACUGAAAAUGGUCAAUUUACUGAAGAAUGUAUUCCAAGUGACAUGGAUGGUGACAAUUCAUCAGAAUUUUGUGAUUUCAACGCUUAUGUACAGUCCGAAUCGACACCCAACAGUGGACAAUUGAGAGCUAAAAGUAUGCAUGAAUCAACAAAUGUACAGCAAACAUCAUCAGAUUCUUUGUCGAUGGAAAAUGAAAAUAAAAAUGAAAACAGUGUUCCAGUUUGCAAGGACGCCACUUCUACAGCGGAGAGUCUAGUCACGACAUUCAGCUCUCUUUCAACCUCUGUGCAACCCAGCACGUCGAUGUCAACUGUAUCAUCAGUAUCAUCCAUUGACUUGCCUUCCACAUCGUCUAGUGAAGCAGCAAUUCCUUUACCACCACCGGCUCCACCCUCUCUCCCACACUUGCCUUCUGUCAGGGGGUGUGGUGAUGGCCAAGUCAAGACAGGAGGUGUGAUGGGUGGAAAUCAAAAUGAGGCGACUCACUUGCCUUUUAGUGAGGCAAUCAGAGCUGCUGCUUCUAAGAAUGUUGGCAAUACCAGAGACGAUUAUGAUGGGUUGAAUGACUCUGGUGAUGGUGCCCAUACUGGUCUGACCGGUCUGGAUAAUCUCGGAAACACUUGUUAUUUGAACUCUAUUGUUCAGUGCCUCGCAAACACAAGGCCACUGAGGGAUUAUUUUCUAGGUGAGCCAUUAUCAAUAAUUACAUCUACACUGUACAUGUACAUAUUAAUUUUCACUGUAAAAUGCAGUUUAUCUUACAUUUUCAGCUAUGAUAUUAUUAAAGUUAAUUCUGAAUUUGUUUGAAGGGUUGCAUGGAAAAUGUGACCCUCCACAGGAUUUUAAUGCUAAAGGUGAAAGCACGCGCACGACACGCUUUCACUUUAAAACAAAAGAAUUUAUUUUAACACGCUUUAGCACGUUUGCAAUCUUGCCUCGUUAGCAAUUUCUUUUGUUUCAGAGGACACGCUUGAUACAAUUAAGCGUGAGCAAGUCGAACAAAAGAGCAUGUUAAAGUUUUCAGACAAAAGCUCCGUGCGAAAAAGCACAACACGCUUUCAGUGGGCGCAAAAGCACACAAGGCGUGUUAUCUAUAAGCUAAAUAAAUUUCCUCUACAAAAAGGAGCCGUAAAUGAUUAUGAACGGCACCCUUUUUUGGUAACUAUCGAAAAAGAAAAAGUUAUACCUCAGCGAUCGCAGCGAUAGUAUCUGAAAUAAAUAAUAGAAAUCAUCAAGUGCCAGGAUCGCUAAAUUGUAUUUAUUUUUUAGCGAUUGCAAGAAUUGUAGUGAUCAAAUGAAAACCAGCCUGCUUUUCUUAUUGUAUUUUCGGUUCCGAAAAUUUUAGGAUUCCUUAAUUCUCUACGAAAAAAGGAAAGAAGAAGUAACUUUUUUAACCCCUUAGGUCUAAGCUCCAACUGGCCUGUGUGACCAUAUAUAACUGAACUUUAAAGUAACGCAACUGGGACAGAAUGCAUCUGUUACCUAGAUACAAUCUCUUGAAUGUAAUGCAUCCCCAUAACAACCAUCCAAACCACAGGGAGCAGAGGAGUUCAGUUUGAAUUAGAUAAUAAAGAAUCUCUUACCUCUUUGAUUGCUGUAAUCUGUUAAUUCUCCGUGUGUUAGUUAGCCAUGUAUGACGCUCCACCAAAGGCCAAUGAAAAAGCCCAUGAGCACUUCAUUCAGCAGUUGUUAUGUUUCAAAAUAAUGGCGGUCUGAAAGAAACGUUGAGUGAAAGGGAAGAUCGAAGGGAAUUGUUUAAUGGUUAAACGACCCCGAAUGAUCACACACGGCUAAUUAACACACAGAGAAUUAACAGAUUACAGCAAUCAAAGAGGUAAGAGAUUCUUUUUUAUCUAAUUCAAACUGAACUCCUCUACUCCCUGUGUCCAAACUUGAUGAGUGUGGUCCUAUGAUUUCGGACAACAUUGUCACUAUAAUUAAACGAUGAUUUCUCCUGAAGCCUGAACUCCUGUGAAUUUAUAGUCAAGUUUUGCUCUUUAAUCAGAUGAAUUGAACGCUCUACGAAAUACAUUCUAUACCCAGAAUACAAGUAUUAACUUUCUGUUUACUUGUAACUUGCAGUUAACAAGUACGAAGAUGACAUAAACACUGAAAACCCACUGGGUAGUGGAGGGAAACUUGCUGUCAGUUUUGCCCAUGUAAUGGGAAACCUUUGGUCUGGAAAGGAAAGAUCCUUAUCGCCUUAUAAACUAAAGGUAAAGUGUGUUUUGUUUUCCUCUUCUUAAAAAUUUUGCCUUGCUUGUUUGUCUGAAGAAUUCUGUCCAUGAUAAGAGUUUUUCAUAAGCUGCCCAAAAUGCCAGUUUUUGUUUCAUGGUUCUGUACUGCUUGGUAGUGAGCCCAACAGUUAUUGUCUUGCAGUCUGUAUUUUGCUGGAUUCUUUGAUUUUGAGAGCCUUCAUCAUAUCCAGAAUCUCAACAGGCAUAUUAUUUAGGGUCAUUAAGUGUACAAUCAUGUACUUGUGUGUUGUCACAGAGGCCGUACUAGCUUCUGUGGUUUAUGAAUUUCAUCACCUUCCUUCCAAAUUCAAAAUUAUUGUAGUGACAUACAAUGUACACUUGUAUUUAACAAUGUAGUGAUUAUUUCUUGAGUUGCCUCAAACUGCUAUCUGCCGUGCACUUUCGCUUGCUCUGAAGUCUGCAAUAAUUAUUAUGUACCUCAACAGAUCUUUAGCCAUUUGUCUGGCUGUUUCAUUUGCAUCUACAGUUAGUCUGUGAGCUAAUGAAAGCAUUGCAUUAUUUUAGGGUAUUGUGGGUGAAAAGGUUUGUCAGUUUAAAGGUUUUAUGCAGCAGGAUGCACAAGAGUUCAUGGCAUUCUUGCUGGAUGGACUGCAUGAGGUAUGAAUCCUUUUAAUAAUUAUACAUUUCACUCUCUUUAAUCUUUGAAAUGGGUAGGGGGGAGCUCAUGGCUGGGUUGUGGGUUGGUAGGCCUGUGGGUGUUCUUCCGCCUUGGGAUGUAAUUGCUGUUGCUGCCCCCUUAGCCCAUGGGCACCCAACCUCCACUUGCGACACGAACGUUAAUUAUGUUUAUUUGGUACGUCUUGAACGUAUUACACUGAAAUUGCACUGAAAUAAAAAAGGUCAAAAUCUUGGCUCAUUUGACCUUUGAGUGAUAGUUUUAGCUAGCUUCCUAAACAAGUUUCUUAGUUGCCAGAGGAUAGUAGGAUUUUCUGUCAUAAAAUAAAAUACUUUUGAGUUUCUCAUCAUCUUAUGGUAUGAUUUUCAAUAAAAUUAUUUCUAUUUAGGAUCUGAACAGAAUCAAGAAAAAGCCAUAUGUUGAAGAGGUGGAAGGAGCGGGCAAGCCUGAUGCUGAAGUAGCUAAUGAGGCGUGGAGACGAUAUAAGAGUAGGAAUGAUUCAGUGAUAGUGGACUUGUUUCAAGGGCAGUUGAAGUCCAAACUCACUUGUCCAGUUUGCAACAAGGUUUGUACAGUCCACGGCAGUGUGCAGUUACACUUGUUUUAUGUACAUGUACCAAUCACUACAUUCAACUCCUUUUAUUGUGGACGCUGUAGGGACCUGAAAUAAUUGUCCUUAUUAGUGAGAGUCCGUAAUAUCAGGAGUUCCCAUGUAUUUCAGUCAAACAAUCAUCUGUAAUUCAUUUUUGCCUGGAAUUUAGCUGCUGUUUGUAUUAUAGGGGUCUCUGUUAUAGCGGGGUGUCCACAAGGCGUCAGUUGUCUAUACCAUAAACAAUCUAUAGUGUAGUAGAUGCUUGGGGCAACUUUAUAGUUUUACACUGUAAUAACCCAAGAGGGGGUGCAUUUAAUACACUGGAUGUGUUUAAAAGAAAGCGUUUAUCCUCAUAACUGUAAGAACACUCCACAAAACAUUAUUUUUUAGCCAAUAACAACAGUUUAUAAAUGGCAGACUGUACAGGCCAUCCAUUGAUAUGUCUAGCCUGUUUAGAUAUCCCUAUUGUUUUUGAAAGCUCAGCUUCGAUCAAAGAAUCCUUACUUUGUACUCGACAAUGAACAAGAUGCAAUGUGCAAACUCUUGCUAAUCAAGCAAGAAACUGAUUGAAUUGAUCUACUGUGGAACCUCGAUAUAAUGAAGGCCCAAGGGACUGGCAAAUUGUAUCCACUAUAAGGAGGUUUCUUUUCAUCAAGGUUGUUUUUCACAUAUUGUACUAUUUCUGGGGCAAGGAAUACCAUUUGUUAUACCGAGGAUUUUGUUGUAUAGAGGUUCCACUGUAUUUCCUUGUUCACCAUUUUCACAUAGACCAUAAUGUACCCUGUUUACCCCCCAAAAUUUUGCAUAGCCAUUGUUUCCAGUUUCUCCUGGGUUUUACAGUCAUUCCACGAGUAAUCAAAGACAAUGGUUUUGCAAAAUAUUUGGGGUAAACGAGGUGCAUUAUGGUCAAUGUGAAAAUGGUGAAUAUAGAAGUAGUUUGGAGUAACUGUCACGUGGGGUGUCUAUUAGACAGGGGGUGUUUACUAGCAAGGGGCAUCUAAUAUAAACUUUAUAGUGGAGGGGGUGGGGGUUGGGGUGCGUUUAUUAGGCAAGGUGUUUAUUUGAGAGAGGGCAUCAGUUUAUUAGAUCGUUUGCAACAGUAUGUGUAAAUCAUUGUACAGUCUAACUUGUAUUGCUGUACAUGGUUGACCUCGGGGAAUAGCCAGCCUAUAGUAUGCUUUAAAGAGUGAUGGUUUGUGGUAAGUGGUUCAUGAAGAGUUUUGUGUUUUCUUUGUUGCUGUCAUUUUAUGCACUGAUUUUAGUUUUGCCCUAAAUUUGAUUUUUCAGAUCUCUAUUAAAUAUGACCCUUUCAUGAAUUUAUCUGUGCCACUGCCAAAAGACCAGAAGAUUCUUCCUGUGAUUAUAUUCUUUAAGGAUCACAAGAGAGUUCCCCUUAAGGUAUUAAAAAGUAAUAACUUAAGUUACAUAGAAACCUGUAUGUGCACCAUACAGGUCUCCAGUGACUUCCAAUCUCAGGUAAUUUUUGUAGAAACCACUGCAAGAAAAUUUCAUAAGGAAAAAUCAAACACAAGUAUAGAUUGUAUUCCCUUUCGGUUUUCCCUGCAGCAAACAUGGAAGUAAGCAUUCUUGGUGGUAUACUGUAAGCAUAGUUCAAUUCUGGUUGUGACAUGCACUGCUACAGGGUACCAUUCCUGCGUCAAUAGUAGUACCGUAAAAGAAGGUGCAUAACAAGUGGCUUAAGCUACAGUAAAACCUGAAACAAAAAUGUGCAACUUAUUUUGCAACAUGGUUGCUAAAUGAGCUGGAAAGUGGUGUCGCGUGUAUUACCACCCACAUUUUUUAAAACUGUCUUGCAAUAAAUCAGGUUGUUGCAAGUUGCUUGAAUACUGAAGUUUGAUUGUAUAAAAUUGCGCAGUAGUCCCACCAUACACGGGAGUUACGUCAUGUUGCUGCAAAGCAAGUUAGUCUUGUGCCGUUAAAGCGCACAACAUGUACAGAUUUUGUUGCAGAAAGUAGUGAGUAUCUCUCCUUUCAGCAACAAAUUGUUGCAUCCUGCAACAAACCAGGCUUGAUUCUUAGGUAUAAAAAGGCGCAAUUUGUGCUGAAACUUGUUUGGCAGCAAUGUUGCAAAACAGGUUUUACUUUUUUGUUUCUCGUUCUAGAGUACCUAUAUUUAUUGUACAGGCAUAAACAAGGUGAAUCUUCAGUUAUAAAUAUAGUCGAAAUUGUAUUAAGCAUUUUGAUCAUAUUCUCAUUUUACCCAAUUGCGGUGUAGGUCGUCUUGAAGCUAACUCAGGAUGCUUGUGUUGAACAACUCACAGCUGCUGUGCAAAGAAUCACUGCAAUUGAGCCAAGAAAUGUAUGUUGGUGUAUCCGGGUUAUGUUUGUUUCAAACUUAGUAGCUGCUAAUGAAAUUGAAAAUGAUGAAUUGAAAGGUCACACAUAAAGUGGAAAAGAAGUGAAUGUUGCAUAAGAGCGAGAUUAGUGAAUGUAUGAACUGCAACUGGAGCCAAAUUUUAAAUGGAAGUGAUCUCGCUUGCACUUGCAACAGAUCAUUCCCACCGCAAGUAAUCACUGUUUGACUAAUGAAUGAUCAGUUUUUUCCCUUUAACUUAAUAACUAAUUUAUGUAAAUGUAUGCAAAUCUUUUUCGCCCCAUGACGUUAGGAAUCCAAGAUAGUCUUGUUUUCUUGAUUCCAGCUACUGAAUUCCAUCUUUUCUCUCAGUGGAACUGGGAUUCUGGAUUCCAAUCAUUAGUGGGAUUCAGGAUUCUGUGAGCUGUUUUUCAGAUUCCAAAGCCCAGGUUACCAGAUUCUGGAAUCCAGAUUCCCUUAUAUGGGGCAAUAGACCGUUUUACCAAUACGGCAGCCGUAUUGAAUUAACUGGAUUUAAGGAGUAUUAUGGGAUACCCAUGGGGACAUGAGGAUGAUCCAGUAUACUUGCAUCAGUAUUUACGCGUGCUUUUUGGGCCAAUUUUUUUAAAGUUUUCCUAGAAAAAGAUUGUAAUCGGAAAAAAAGAUUGUCGUGCCAUGUUUGGAUGUAAUAAUGAUCUCCUUUUUCCCAAGAAAUAUAAAUUGAAGCUCUCUUUUUGCCUGAAAAGCGCGGGUAAAUACCGAGCGAGUGCCCCCUGGGCAUCCCAUAAUACUCCUUAAAUCUAAUAAAUUCAAUAUGGCCGCCAUAUCGGUAAAAAGGUCUAUUAAAGCACAUAAGUAGUCUAUUAAUUUUGUUCCUCCAGUGUAGAGGAUAUUACUAAGACUGUAGCAAUUCAAGAGACGAGUAUUAUUAUUAUUAUUAUUAUUAUUAUUAUUGUUAUUAAGCUUUAAUAUGAAUAGCUGUUUUUGUUGUUCAGUGAUUUUUUCGUUGCACAUAAUUAUGAAGAACCAUAAAUAAUUUUUACAGUGGAUCUGUGAAUAAGCCAUUAUUAUCAUUAUAUUGAAAACUACAAUAUUUCUCUUUCUGUAUUGUUUGUAUGCAGAUGAGGGUGUGCGAAGUGUUCGGCGGCAAAUUCCAUCGUACAUUUGAUCGUGGCUACAGUCUUUCUUCAGUGAUAUCAUCAGAUAUUAUUGUUGUGUAAGUAUGUUGUGGGAUUACAUGUUUUAUACUACUACAUGAGAAAUUUCUGCAAUUUGAUUGGCUUAGAGCAGUGGUAUUUCAGCUGAAUUUGAAAUACCUUCAUGUGAAAAUUAGAAACUUUUUGCAGGUAGUAGCAUAAACGAAUAAUAGCAUGAUUUGUACGCGAUAUUUGGCAUAAUUACCACUCGUGAUAUUUCAAAAUUGUUUCAAAUUUCACUCACCUAAUGGCUUGUGAAAUUACGAAUAACAAUUUAGAAAUAUCACUCUUGGUAUUUAUACCAAAUAUCACUACAAAUCAUGCUAUUACCUAUACAAAUCCAGUUGAAGUCCUGUUCUGAGUUCUGUUAUAAUGUACUCUUGCCUGACAUUUUUAAAAAAUACUAUAAAACUCUAACCGUGGUUGUCCAUGAAUACAUUUUGUGAACUUGCCAGAGUUGAGUCAAUCUACAAUGAAGGUCAAAAGUGUCAGGACCUUUCCAGUGAUGUUUGUUAAACUGACUACUUCCCCCCGGCCUCCCACCCUAAACAUUAAAAACAAGGUUUAAUUUUGAGCAAAAUGGUUGGGAAUGAGCAAGAUGACAAGAAAUGUAAAAGAAGUUGGUACACUUUGUAACGUUGUAUUGUAGUAACGACAGUCCUUCUUGUAUCAUUUAUAUAGAUCUAUCUUCCUUUUCCUAGUACUUUAUCCUUUCCUCUGCCCGCCUCGAUUAGCCAAGCUAUUUGCGGGUAGAGGAUGUUUGUGUGUACGUGUAUGUUUUAAUUUAAUUUAAUUUGCAACUUUUAUGAAUAUCAAUAAACUUCAAAUAAACUCCAAUGAGUCCUUUGGGGCACAAAAGUUGUGGAGAAAGUUGGAGAUGAAGGGAUGAGCCCAAACUGAUCGAAAGAUUGUUGCUAGGAGUCCUGUGUAACUUUAAGUAAGGAAGAGGUUUUUCCCGCUCUCCCAAGUUCUUUCGACCUUCAUUGUAGUAGACUUUCUAAAAGUCCUUAUUUUUUCCCCUGGUUGGUUCUGCCAUUUUAAAGGACUUUUCAUACCUGUUUGGCGCUUAAUUCACCGGUCGAAAAUUCUCCUGGUUACGUCAUGACAAUUGACCAAUCGGACGGUGGGUGAUAUUUGACGCCGCUCCCGACACAGCAUUAUGUCAAUCAUUUUUUCCCGCGUGAAUUUAUAAUAUGAUUCAAAUCUAUUGAGGCGAAACAAGUCGAGAGGUCGACUUGUAGCAACGAAUUUGAAAGGUGACCGCAAUUUUGUGAACAUAUUUUUCAUUUAAUCGGUUUAUUCGAUGUUUCUCGAUCAUGUGUGGCUGCGCUUUGCAGUUUUAUUAAUUGUUGUACUCUUUAAACAUAGGUAUGAAGUACUCAGUGAAGAAGAAGCAGCCGAAGAAGUCUAUGAAGUACCAAUCGUACAGGUUAGUUGACUUUCUCGAUUUUUUUUUAUUUUUUUGUUUUGUUUUUUGCUAACCACCGCACGAAGAUCUUUGCUGCUUAAGAUUAGCAUGUAGUACAGUGAACGUUAACAUCCGAAAUAAGUGUAGCCAUCUUUACAUUUUGAUAAAUAAUUGCUACUAUAACCCAAAAAGAAACUACAAAAGUUUUCCAUUCAACAAAAUAUAUAUAUUUUUUAACAGUUUCAAUCAUUACUACUACAACAACCGUAGCAUCCAAAAUGAAUGUGUUUAAACACCUACUGUACGCCUCCGAGUACCUUAAAUGUGAUCAAUCCGGAAACGAAUGUGAAUCACCAAAAAUCUCCUCUAGGGUGAACGUACACUAAUCCAUUAUUUCUCUUAGGUCGCCAUUUUAACUGUCGCUUAAAUGGCUGCUUUAUCUCCACAGAGAACAGUGUGUGCUCGUGUAGCACCCUCCUAUUGUGCCAGUUGUUACAGUCGACCAGGGCCAGGUGUAGCCCUGCGAAGAUGUACGCAGUGCUGGGGAAUAGGAUACUGCAACCAGUGAGUGAUUAGUUUCUAAAGCUCUUUAUUUUGGGGGCAAUUUACGUACACCUGUAGAUGAUAAUGAAGACGAUGACUCUAUUUUAAUAUUAAGGAGCUUUAGCAAAAAUGUUUUGAGCGACACACGUUAACCGGAAGUGAAAUUUUUGGCAUUCUUGGGCUGUAGUUUUCCCCAGAGUUUCGUGCAAAUCGAUCGUCUGUAUCAAAGCAAAGAAAUUUAGCGAUACGAAUUUGGUAGCGUCAAGUGAUAUUGAAAGGGAAAACACCUCACUUCCGCUUGACGUGCGUCGCCCAAAAACGUCUUUGCUUAAGCUCCUUAAUAUUAAAUAAAAGUAGAGUCAUAGUCUUCAUUAUUAUCGUCACUAUCACCAGUAGCAGCCUCCUCCCAUUCCACCAUAUCGCCUCAUGUAAGGUAAUACACUUUCCGGAAUCCGAGAAAUUUUGCCUGUGGAAUCGGGAAUUCGGGAACUUUUUGCCUGGGCUUUGGAAUCCGGAAUUCAGCUCAAGGAAUUUGGGAUUCCGCUAACGAUUGAAAUCCGGAAUCCUAAGCGUGUAGUCCAGAAUCCAUAAAUGUCUUGGAUUACCUGACAUGAGCAUGUCGUUGUCGUCGUCGUUCUUGUCAUCAUUAGACCCCUUUAGAUUCUAAGACGAGUACGACAAUGAGAACGAGAUUUUCUCAGUACUAAGUAGUGCUCGCGCGUGAACCAGCGUCAAUUUGGCGGGAAAACGUGGUAGCCGUUGCACUCUACUACGAAUCUUAGCGAGAAUGUAGAAGUGGAGCAAACAAGUUAUCAAAUGUUAGAAGUUUUAUCAUUUUGCAAUCGGGAGAGGGCGUAACCUCCUUCACUAAAGAUAACUGUGCCAACUUUCUAGUGAAAAAUGGUAAAAUGAAGCUUUCCGGGGAGUCUAUAUUUUGAGAAUACGCGAAAAAACUUCAAUUCAAAUCGCGUACUCGUAUACGUUCUCGUCCUCGAAUCUAAAGGUCUCUAUUAAAAACCUUAAGUUUCUAAGACCUGGACGACUACGAGGUCGAGAUUCUCAAUACCAAGUAGUGAGCGCGCGUGAGCCAGCGUAAUUUUGGCGGGAAAACGAGGCAGUUGUUGUCAGUGUACCACGGGUUUUAGCGAGAACGUCUUAGUGUCGGAAACAAGCUGCCAUCAACGGUAAGAUAAUUUAUCAUUUUGCAAUCGGGUGAAUAGUUAACCUCCUUCAAUAAAAUUAACCUUGCUAACUUUUUUGGUGAAAAAAAAUACGCACAUCGAAGUGUUUCGGGGUGUAUUUUUUUUGAGAAUACGUGAAAUAAAAUAACUUCAAGUUAGUCCCUUCCUCGUAGUCGUUCUCGUCGUCGAAUCUAAAGGUCUUUUAUUAGGAAGCUUUAGCACCACAACGGCGACGUCAACGAGACUUGGCAAAAACAACAACUUUGAACAUGCAGCACACUUUUUUGUACAUUUCUUUGUCGUCACUGCACGACUGCGACGUGAAAUUCCCUCAAGCGACGUUUUAUGGAGGACGUAAACACAAGACUGUAAACUUCUCUUUCUCCCUCUAAACUUGGUGACUGUCCCCAAAAAUUCAAUUCCAGGGAAAUUCACCUACAUGUGAGACUUUACGCUGGUCGAAAUAAUCGCGACCCCGUUUGGAAAAAGCGUCUUCGUCGUCGUUGCUAAAGCUUCCUAUGAACAUCAUAGUCGUCAUCAUCUAGCCUUUUGCAGGAGUUCAGAUAGUGGAUGCGAUCAUCCGUAUAAAUUUUAAAAAUUAUCCCUGUUUUCAAAGGACAGUUUUCUGUAACAGCUCCACAAGUGUUCUUACUCCAUGUUCCAUUCUUUUUUUUCCCCAGGGAAUGUCAGAAGGAACAUUGGACGACCCAUAAAAAGGGCUGCAAAAGAAUACCUCAACAUAUAGGAAUUCCUUUUAUUGCUAGUAUUCCCGCAUCUGAGGCGACUUUUCAACGGCUACAGUCCAUCGCAGAGGAGUAUGCCAAGUAAGAUUUGCAAACGAGAAGGAACCAGGAACCGAAAUGUGUCCCGCAAGUGUUUCUGGGAUAGUGACUGGGGACGCGCCGGUCAGCUAUUGGCUAAUCUUCUGCCUUGUCCGUGGUAACAGUCCCAGAAAUCUUUGCGACGUUAAAUGCCCAGUUUUCCCUCUGGUUUCUGAAGUGGUGAACUGAGUUGUGACUUUGACAACAAUUAAGGAGCCCAAGUUCACGUAGCAAGCAUCCACCUACUUCUCUUUUCUUUCCCUCAACCACGCUUGACCAUUGUAAAGAUUGAGGCAAUAAGCCCGUCUGAUACGCACAUGCUAGAAACCCAAACAGUACAUUAGUAAAUUACCGGCAAAUUCUAAAGAAAAUAUAAUCUGCCGACCUGAAAACUGAGAUUCCUUAUUCCUUUCAAAGUAGUGUAAAAUACGAAGUACGAAGUGUAAAAUAGACGCCCAUGCCCCAUCCCCCCCCCACACACACACACACUCCCCUUGCGAAAAAGGAAAAAGAGAUGGUGGAUUACAGAGAAACGGAAAGUUUGUUUUACUUUGCUUUGUGUCCAUGCUUGCAAGGAGAAACGGGUGUUUUUUGUCCCACUUUGUACAUGACGUUUACAGCGCGCAGUUUGUGUGGGACAGGAUGAUGGACAAAAAAAUGGUAAUGGUAAUUGUACUUUAAAUUCUAGUACACCAACUGGAAACUAGUUGUGUCACGGUCACUUGAAUUCCGAAGUUGAUAUGAAAUAUGUGAGGAUUAUGUAGAAGCUUUUUGUUCUGUGGAAAUUUAAAGGUAAUGUUGGUUUUUCUUCAGGUAUUCUGUAGACGUACGUCCUGGUGAAAUUAGUCGGCAAAAUUCGUUAGUGAGAGAGGGAGAAACGUCCUCAGGUGAAACAAGCCCUGCCAAUGAUACAUCAGAAGAAAAAGGUACAGGUAUCGUGUUAUCUGUUAAGGUUUACCACAUUCAUGGAAGAGUAAGAGACAGGGUUCGUACAGAGUCUUGAAUUCUUGAAAAAGUCUUCAAAUUUUCCCAGCUAUUUUCCAGACCCGGAAAAGUCUGGAAAAUAGAGUUAAAGUCUUGAAAAUAUGGUAGAAAGCCUUGAGUUUUUUUGAAAGCUACAACAAGUGCUUCACAAAAGAAAUCUUGUCGUGUAGGUCGAAUCUUAUUCAAUCUCGCCUGCACGUCAUGGAAAAAGCUUUGCCUCUUUUUUUUUUUUCAAGUUCUCAGUCUCUCUACUGAUCACGUAUCAGCCUGGAAAAAGAAAUUAUAUUUUUGGAAAAAGUCUGGAAAUAGUCUUGAAUUUUAGAUCAAAAAUCUGUACGAACCCUGAAGAACGUCAAGGAAAAUCGUAGAAAUAAAAAAGCCAAGGGAUUUAAUGCAAUAGAGUCUUCGACCCCAUGUUAAAGCGUAUCUCCGCUAAUAGUAACAGGGUUCGCACAGGUCAUCGAAAACCUGGAAAGUCAUGGAAUUUAAGAAUUUCAUUUGCCAGGCCUUGAAAGACAUGGAAUUUAAUUGUCGGUCCUUUAAAGUUAUGGAAAAUUAAAGUUUUGUUUAAUAGUUUAGUUACUGCAGAUGGCAAAGCAAGGACAGUGUAAGAUAGAGAGGAGUAAUUAAACGGCGCAAACGGCACGCAUUUUGGUGGACACCAGAGCCUGUGUCUGUUGAACUGCUAAGGUCAAAAAAUACCCGCAAACUAGGAAAACUGUGAAAGUUUCUUAAAGGGAACCUCCACUUCAACAAAAAGAUAACUUUAAAUCACAGGAAGUAACUGUUACAGUCAAGUCAAUCUAAAAUAUUUUUAAAGAAAGCGUUUGUAUCCGAAAGAAAUAACUUUUAGAUUCGCCUAUUUUUGUUUUCAAAUUUUGCGGGCGUCGCCAUCUUGAAUAAUUGUGACGUGUAAUGGUUGCCCUAUUGUUAUUAAACAAAAGCUCUUUGUGUCAGAACAAUAGAGCAACCGUAACACGUCACAAUUAUUCAAGAUGGCGGCGCCCGCGAAAUUUGAAAGUGAAAAUAAGCGAUUUUAAAAUUCACUUUUCCUGAUAUAAACACUUUUUUUAAGACAAAUUUCGAACAAAUUUGUUUAUCAACAUAAUUUUAUUCGAUUUAAACUUAUUCUGUAGUAAGAGUGGAGGUUCCCUUUCAAGUGACGACUAAACCUAAGGUCGUGGAAAAAGUCCUGGAAAAUCGUGGAAUUUGAAGAGCUCAAAAGAAUACGAACCCUGAGUAAACAAUUUAAAAAAAAUGCCCUAAAAAUUACUACAAUUUGACUCUAAAAAUGUUACAAAUAUUCAUUAGCAAAUCUAUGUAAUGUGUGUUCUUUCUUUUUCUUCCUUCAGAUGAAGCCUCUUCGCCGCUUCAACCCAGAGACGGUCAACCCCGGUUUUAUGUCAAACCUGUCACAGCUUACGGCGAAGGUAUCGUUGGACAAGAAGGCGGCCGCCUAUCAGAUCAAGGUAAAUCUUUCGUAAAGCAAUUCUUGAUGUCCACUCUCAUUUCAGGUAGCCUCGUGAGAAUGGAUACCCCGCGAGCAGAGGCUACAUUUUCGCUUUGUGAGCUGUCGUGCGAAAAGUAGCCUCUGCCGACAACCGUUCAAUGUUCUAUCGUGCAUGCGCGAAUUUUGUCACGCGAUUCGCAAGCAAAAUUAAUCGUCAGGUCUGUCGCCAAAUUGCGCGAGUUUCGCGGGAAUAAAAAAAUUGCGACAACUCUGAUUGGCUACGCAAGACUCACGCAACACUUGCGCAAUCCUCUGAACGGGUCAAGAACAGGAAAAACCCGACGGAUUUGAACGGUUGUCGGCAGAGGCUACUUUUCGCACGCCAGCUAACACAGCGGAAAUGUAGUCGCUUCUCGCAGGGUAGAGAAUGGACUGAGUACAACUGCCGACAUUUAGUCACGCCACCGCACAAGUUCCAUGCUGAUGACAAGUCACAACACAGAUGAGUUCAUCCGUGUGGAAUUUUUGCGCUCGGUCCUCAGACGUCAUCUAGUGGAGAAACUAGUGGUCGCGUCGCUAUUAUUAUAUUGUUGUUGUUGUUAUAAUUAUAAUUAUUAUUAUUAUUAUUAUUAUUAAUCAUUGAAGUUGAUGUGAACUGCGGAAACACAAAUUUGAAUGAAGAUAUGAUCGUCGCAGUGGUAUUUGCAAUUUAGCAAUGGCAAAUUAACCCGAAAAAUGAAAUAAAAAAUUUCGGGACUUCAACGGGAUUCGAACCCUUGGCCUCUGCGUUAGCGCUGCAGUGCUCUACCAAUUGAGCUGUGAAGACCCAUACAUUGGAAGCAGGCCAAUUUUCUGAGUUCUUUUCAUUUACGGGUUAAUAUGAACUCUGUUGUUUAUAGUUAUGGAAGGGCAGUUAACGCAGUUCUGUUGGAAGAAACUGAAGGAAUGCUUGGGAUUCUAGAUUAUUUCAGUAUAGUAACUUUUUUUACUAUUUUAUGUGCUUAAACAGGAUCAGAAUUACUGGAUUUAGGACGCAAAUAUCUCUCUAUCGAUUGGAGAAACCAUCCUCGCUCAUCCGGGUUUGUCAUCGCGGAAGAGAAAGACUUGGUAUGUUUGCAUGUUAAGCGAUCCGAAGCGUCCGUGAUUAAGACACUCUUUGAGUUGAUCGCGGACUGCAAUCCUACGUAUGUAGAGAAAACAGCUUUAUGUAAAAAUCAGACCUAGCCAGUGUGCGCUUUUUGUAGACUGCGAUCAGGCAGAUUUAGUGAGGAGAGUGCACGCGCGCGCGUACGUUAAGCCGCGAAGGUCUCGGGCGUUUCACUCGACCGACUAUAAAAGAGAAGAGACUACUCGUAUUCUGGCUUAAGUCUAACUGUGAUCCAGCCUUCCAGUUCUUCCCUCUCUCCUUGCACCUUUUUCGCAUCUUCUCUUGGGUUGACCAUUUAUUUUAUUUUACCUGCAUCUAAUUUCUCCUAGCGUUUAAGGGGCUUAAUUAAACCUGAAGGUCAUAAGAAUUUAGGAAGCAACCACUUAAGAUAAACUGUAUUGAUUAUAUGUUUGUGGCUUUCUGUUUGCUUCAGGAAUGCGAAGAACACUCCUCUUGUCAGACGGAAAAGAUUUCAGGUGAAUAUUAUUCCUCCUUUUUUUCUUUUACUUUUCUUGAAACAUUUCAGCAACAGGCGAACACUGAGAUAGAUCAGAGUAGCCCCUGUUCCAGGGCGGGGUUUGGGCGGGGUGCUGUGGGAAGGAAGGGGUACUUAGUGCUAUUAGAAUUGGGAACUCGAAAGUCAACUCCUGUAAUUGCUUUUUUCAGAGUCGUACAGUUGUUCGCUGAAGGAGUGCUUGGAACUGUUCACGGAGCCUGAGACACUCAGUCAAAACGAUGCCUGGUAAGCGAACUAUUUUCACAACUUAUACAACGCACAUGAUCGAGUUUGUAUCCUUGUCAUGCCAUCCAUUUUGUGGCAUUGCUGUAGUUGAUGUUAGUGGUCUCAUUUUUGCCUUUCCAAACCAGAGCGUUUUAAUACAAAACUUGGUCUCUCCUUUCUAUUAACCACCCUCCGUAAAACUUCUCACUCCAUGUCGCUCUAUUUGAAAAGCUUCGGUGAGUGGUAAAAUAAAUACUUUCGCCAAACAACUAGCCACCUCCAGCCAUGACAAGAUUCAGUACUAAUACAUUGCUCUGCUUUGUUGCAACUUUUGCCUGUAAUGCACUGUUGAUUGUUAUUAUUGUCCAUUAUGCCCGUAAUUUACUUGAAAUAAUUUACAACUGAACUUUGUCGUUUCUUUAAUUAACCGACGUAUCCUCAGUGACUGCUGUAACUGUACACCCCGCCCGCCCCGAAAAGCUUGUGCUAUUUGCGGACGGAGAAGACUUAUAUUUUGGUAAAAUGUGUGAAGUGUCUGUAAAAUGAAAUCCUGCUGCCAAUGAUUUAAAUGGGCUAUGUCACUAAACUGCGCAUGCUCGGAACGAACUGUACUAUUAACGGAAGUUUGCUGCCAAAAAUCGGCCUGAUUUCCUAAAUCCAAUAUGGCGGACAGUUGAGAAAAUCAACAGAGCAGGCAAAAAUCCUGCACAUGCGCAGGUCGUGACAUAGCCCCUUUAAGGAUUUUGCUUGACUGCUGUAAAUACCUUCAAAUUUGACGAAGAAGCUACAUCCCCGGAGUAGCUGGGAAAGUUGUACAGCUUACAGGCAAGCCAGCUCAAGUUUACUCCCAAGAGUCUUAUCAAUGAAUUUAUUAUUCGAAAGUUGUAUCCUUCAAGCUGCGUAAAAAAAAACUUGCAACUUGUUUUGCAAGAUUGCUGCGAAACGAGUUGAAAAGGAAUGGUGUACGUUUACCACCCACGUUCAAACCUGUCUUGGAACAAAUCAGGCUCUUGCAAAUUGCGUGAAUACUGACUGAUUGGAUGAACUUACGCGAGAGUCACGCCGUACGUGUCACUUGUUGCAAAGCAAAUUUGAAAACGCGCAACUUGUACAGAUUUUGUUGCAAAAAGUAGAACUACUCUUUACAUCCUGCGAAAACUUUUAGGAACCUGCAGCAAUCUAAUAGUUGCAAAACAGCUAUGAACGUGGGUGGUAAAACGCGCAACAUCGCUAUUCAACUCGUUUUGCAGUAAUGUUGCAAAACAGCGGCACGUUUUUUGCUGCCCGUUUCUCCGUACCUUAGUUCGUUGCCGCAACCGGUGUCAAUUCACAUCUGCAUUUCUGUAUGCGUAAUGAGCAAUCAAUUUUUGGUCAGAUUGAAAUAUCUCUGAAUUGACAUUGGGCUGGGGGCGGGACAAGGAGAAAGAAAAAUCAGGUUAAAAGAAGUGGCCUUCCCUACACUUUUGACGAAGAAACUAGCUUUGUAUCUUUGAGGGCAAGGAUGGUGCAGUGGUUAGAGCACCCGCCUCCCACUUGUGGCCCGGGUUUAAAUCCCGGCGGCGACGCCAUAUGUGGGUGUUGAGUUUGUUGUUGGUUCUCUCCCUUUCUCCGAGAGGUUUUUACCCUUGUACUCCGGUUUUCCUCUCUCCUAAAAAUCAACAUUUCCAAAUUCCAAUUCGACCAGGAAUCAGGUAGACGAAGAACCACUUAGUGGAUGUGCUACCCCUUAAUCGUUAUUUAUUUAUUUAUUCUUUUGCACUUGCGACUUACAUACUGUGGCUUACUUUGUAGGUACUGCCCUAAAUGCAAGGCUCAUCGCGAGGCUACCAAGCAGCUCUCUGUAUGGAGACUGCCAGAGAUCCUUAUCAUUCACCUCAAAAGAUUCUCGUUUAGGAACAUCCUUUUUAAAGACAAAAUUACCAAACUCGUUGAGUUCCCUUUAAGGUGGGUAAAGUUUCGUUUUAUUUUUUCCAGUAACCAUUCUCCUGACACCUUUUCAGCGAUAUUGUUACCUCUGCAUCUUGCGUCCCUGUCGCAUAGAAUUCAUGGCAUGCGUCCCGUAGGACGCAAAGAUCGGUCGAUCGAUCUCAACAUGUGUAUUUGUAGAAAUAUGACGUUCGUGUAAUAUCUCUGGCAGUUAUUUUGACUGUUGUUUAACGAUGCCUAUUUCUUUUAGCCUUUAUUGUGCUUUUAAAGUAGAAGGACUGUAUUUCAGUUUCAGUAUACUGUAGUGCAGAGUUUUGGUGUCUGUCUUCAGAUUAACUGUCUGGUUACUUAGAGGCCCAAGCAUUUUCAAUUUCUGACUCGUUGUUGUUGUUGUUGUUUUGUCUUUUUUCUGGUACUCAAUGGUUAUGGACUGGAACUCAUGAUUUUUCUCAAGAUGAGUCUCAGGACUCACCAUAACUAUUGUAACAAAAUCACUGCAUCAUGUUGAAAUGCGUAAAGUUUAAUAGUAAGAAAGCACCACUGUAGUGUAGCUUUUAUCUCGUUGAUCAUUCCACUGUUUUCAGUUACCGAAUUGCGUGUUACUAUCAAACUCGGAAAACCGUGAACAUUUCAUGUAUCGGCCCUUUUUCGUUAGAUUUACAAUCCUUCCGUCGUGCAUCACUAGAGAAUGUUGUAAUUGUAAACACUUAUUACUCCUGAAUAUAAUUAUAUGAAAGGACUCUUAUUUUGAAGUGAAAAUAAAGAUAGGAAAGAGGAAAUGAUCCUCGCAGUUGAAUAAACAACCAAAGCGGUUGCGUUCGGUCAUCGCAAAAGUCAGGGCUCGAUUCCCGGUCAAGCCUGAAUUUUUUCAGUUUUUUUUUUCUACCGUUUGGGAUGUUUAUUGAACUGCGAGGAUCAUUUCCUUUUUCACUUGUUACUCCUCUUACGAUCAUUGAAGUUAAGUUCUUUAUUACUUGGAGAAUUUAAAAGUGCCUCUUUUUCUUGCAGAGGGUUGGACAUGUCUCGGUUCACGCUAGGAAAAGAUGAUAACGAAGAUAAAGAAGGAUCACUAUAUGAUUUGUUUGCUGUGGCCAACCACAGCGGUACUGUUAACUUUGGCCAUUACACUGCAUUUGGGAGAUUAGCGGAAGCCGAUCAUCCCAUCGAUGGACUGAAGACUGAGGGCUUAGGUAUGUCCGGAUUUAACUUGAACGUAUCAUAUACUAGUCGAACUGUUAACCAAAGUAACCCGCCGGCGGAUUACCUCAGUUGGGAGAGCGCCGGUUUGCCGAGCGGGAGGUCACGGGUACAAACCCCGGGUGCACCAACACUCAGGCUCUUUAAAUAACUGAGGAGAAAGUGCUACUUGUGCAAUAACAUUUGCAAACGGUUAGACUUUCUAGUCUUCUCAGAUAAGGACGAGAAAACGUAGGUCCCGUCUCACAGUACUUUCAUUAAUCUGGUUCUUGUGGGACGUAAAAGAACCCACACUACUGUUCGAAAAGAGUAGGGGACGUGGACCCCGGUGGGCUGGGCUGGGUGGGUUAUCUGUAAGGAAACACUUAAAUUGGAGCCCCGCUGUGUUGUGUUUUCCGUACCAUAUAUAUGGAAGAAGUGAAUAAAUAAAUAAAUAAAUAACCUAGAAGAGGUUAUGGACUGCAUAUGAAAGUCAGCCAGUGAUUUUUCACAUUUUUACACCUCUAUGGCUCGAAAAAAUGUUCCGUCCGGUAGUCGGGUCAAGUAGAUUUCCUUUCUGGGCGAGUAACGUCUAUAGCUCACUUCCCCAAUGAGCACAGGCCCAGGCGAGCCAUCCCUAGCAAUAUCGUUCACUAAGAAGCGCAAGAAGUGGCCCUGGGCAAUCGAAAUGUGAGAGCUGCCCAGUUGCCCAAAGGACAAGCUAGAAUUCAAGUUUUUUUUCGAGCCCUGAUCUAUACGAAAAUCAGUUUUGAAAUUUGAUGCGUUACAAUAUUUCCCUCAGAAUCAUAGCGUACCAAGUCAUUGAUGUUGCUACAAUUUGAAGAUGCAAUUGUCGAAUAGAUAGAGCGAUUUUCGUAUUGCCUUGAAAUGAAACAGAAACAAGAUACGAACAGAAAUAGAGUGAUUUGAUUGGUUUAUCGAACGGACACAAACGCGCCUGGCUUUUGGUUGGUUAAUCGAAAGCUCGGGUGCAACAACUUCAUGCCCGAUAACUUUCUAGAAAUCAACCGAUACUUCGCUUUGACGUCAUACUGCAACACGAUUGGCCAAUCGAAGAAUGCCUUCUCCAUAUUAGUGUUUUCUGCGGUGGAAAAUUAAGAGGCCAUGUUUUGAUCUUUUCAUCCAUUGGCUGAUAAAACAAAUAACGAACAUUUACGGAAACCAUUUUUCAAGGUCAUACGAAAAUCGCUCUAAUCGGUGGGUAACUGGCUAUCAGGAUCUGUGUUCAAACCUUUGUAUGUGGGAGUGCUACGAUGUCGUAUUUUUUUCUGGCCUUUACUCCUCUGCAAUAUGGCAAACGUUCAUCUUUUCUUCUCUUAAACCUUAAACCAUACCUCCCCCUAGCGACCCACUUUGUUUAUGUGUUGUCUUUUCUUCACAGGCUGGCGUUAUUUUGACGACAGAAGUGUCACAGAAACUACAGAAGAACGAGUCAUCUCCAAAUACGCUUACGUGUUGUUUUAUAAGCGGCGCUCCAGCACGCUCUCGCUUCAGACCCACUUUGAACCAGGGGCCACGCCGGAAGAAUUAGCAGAAAUUGAGAAAUUAGAUCGAGUCCUUCUCGAGGACAUAGACGAAAAUGAAUUAGAUUGAAAACGACGUUAGUUCAUGUACAAAUAUAUAUAAAUGCGCGUCCUGUAACUUAUUCAUGCAAUAGUGAUAAUAGAUGGUUUCUUUUGGCAUUGUAAAGCAUUGUAACACGCCUAGCCAGCAUUAGCAGCAGCGGUGGUAGUUUUUCAUUUAAGUAGCACCUCAAGGAAAGGGAUAUUUUUUACAAUUUAAAAAAAUUAAGUCUUUUGGGUGGCAAAUUUGCGAUGACAGAAGCUUAGCAAGCGACACGAAGUUUAUUGUAGUUUUAGUGUAUUCCUUAUUAUUAAAGCGAAAGCUGUGUCGUUGAAGUCAACCUUUUUACUAGAUGAUUCGUACUUUGGGAACUAGGAUGUCUUGUUCUACAGGUUAGACAACUCAGGGAGCUUACAAAAAAAAGUCAGAACUGCCGGCCUGACGUGUUUGUUUGAAACUGAAAUAUUCGUCUUUUCUCGAAAUUUUUUGCUAGAACUCGUCUUUGCUGUGCAUACUAUAGAGAUGCUCACGUUGACGUCACCUGUUGAUAUUAAUGUACCAAUUAGAAGCGCACUGGUUGUUUAAACAAAACAUUCUUUUAUUUCACUCGUUACAAAUUUAAAUAACAAAAACAGUGUUUGUAAAUGGUGACGUCUACCCUUAUUUUAGAAAUAGACUGGUUGUGUGGCUGGAUAGUCCUGAUAAAUACCUUAUUGCAUGAAAUUUUGGCGACUCUUUAAUUUAGCGAUUUUUCGUAAAUUUUGGAACAUAAUUCACUGAAUUUUCGCGAUCUCAUGAACUGAAACUUUGGAGAAUUAAGGUAUUCAAAACUUUUACGACGACAAUAGAACAGUACAGAAAAUUUUUGUGAUAAAAUCAUGGACGUCAACAGCUUCAUUUAAAGCAAAAUCAUACAAUGUUCUGAAACUUAAUUUUUAACGAAACAAACGAAACUGUAAUCGUAAUGUCAUAUCUUAAUGCUGUCCUCACUCAUUUACAUCGUCACACGAAGUCAAUGCUCCUUUCAUGCACGAGUACCAUAAUCGACCGUCAAACAGGUCAAAUACCAUGAUUGUGUGAAACUGACCAGAUAGCGGAAUUUCAUGUUGCACUCCGCACUUUAAUUUAGCGACACUUAAUUUUGGUGCAUUUUAAUUUAGCGAUUUUUAGAAAAAUCGCUAAAAUCGCUAAAUUAAAGUGUCGCCAAAAUUUUAUGUAAUAAAGUGGUGGAAUUCUCGUAACGACUGGACUGGUCUGGUAUGGCAUCGCAGUUCUGACAAAUGGUUAGCGCGCUCAGAUAAGCUUUCCAAAAAGAGCUCAGAGAGAAAAUUAUAAGUCGACGUAAAAGCGUAGUGAGUUUUAUUCAUCUAUAAAAAUACGUCCAGUACAGUCGAUGAGAAGACAUGCCAGCAAAGUAGCCUGUAGGUCGAGUUGUUUGAACGAACGUACUAGCCAAUCAAGAAAAUGGUGCUCAUUCAGAUUGAAUUAAUUCUGAGGCCUGGAACACGUCACUUUUAAUAAACAGGCAAAUGAAAUAAAACCUCUUUGAAGUACCAAUGCACAGUGCCAUGUCCCUUCGGCAUGUACGUCUGGGUAGUGUGUUGAUGAUGGAAAAAUCACUUUUUAAUCUAGUAUUAAAAAAUUCAUGGAUACCAAGUAAUAUCCACUGCACAGCGUGCACAAAACGAGCUAAGUACUCUGCAACAUGAAGAAGUACCAAAAAUGGGAUCUUAGCAUUUGAAACAAAGACGUUAGCUGUUAGACCUCCGCUGUGGACGAAAAGAGUGUGAACGGAAUUCAUGCCCUCUUGUUUAGACCUCUGUUCUCACAAUGAAGACUGUGUUUGAAAACCACUUUGCUUUUGUUAUCGUUUGGCCCCUUGGCUCCGAAAAACAGUUGUAGAUGCGUGUUAUGUAGGUUAUGUGUUUUCAGUUUGUUUUGUUAUGUUAUCUGUGACGAAUAAAAAAACACAUUUUAACCUUGGAACAAAGUGGAUAGACGGUGAUCCAGGACGCUCAUUAUUUGGGGUGGAUGUAAUCUUUUUCUAAGUUGUUUGAUUUUUCAUUCAAAUAAAAGAACGACCUAC